GCAGUGGCGGGCCGCGCCCGGCAGACGGAGCUGUGCGGGUGGCGCGGGAGGCGGGAGCACCGGCGCGGCCCCGACAUCCCUGCGCAUCCCGCAGCCCCGCCGGGGAUGCCGCCGCCCGCCGGGCCCUGAGCGCCGGGACGCCGGCGGCCGCCGGCCCCGCUCCGCCGCGCCUCGCCCGGCCCGACCCCGCCGGAGCCGCCGCCGCCGCCGCCGCCGCCGGCCGCCCAGCCCGAGUGGAAAAUGGAGGUCGUGGAGGCCAGCACCCUUCAGCAGGAGAGGCUGCAGGCCAUCGCGGAGAAGCGGAAACGCCAGACGGAGAUCGAGAACAAAAGGCGGCAGCUCGAGGACGACAGGCGGCAGCUGCAGCAUCUCAAGUCCAAGGCUCUGCGGGAGAGAUGGCUGCUGGAGGGGGCCCCGGCAUCAGCCUCCGAGGAGGACGAGGCCAUGAAGAAGCAGAUGCAGGAGGAUGAGGUGAAAACCAAGGAGCUGGAGGAAACCAUCCAGAGGCUGGAGAAAGAGCUGGAGACGCUGGAGAACGGCAGCUCGGCGGCUUCCACCAAGGAGAACCUGGCGGAGGUGGCAGCGCCGGCCAAGGAGGAGAAGGCAGAGGCUGUCCCCAACGCGCAGAAGAGUCCCCUGGGCACAGUCAAGGCCGAGAAGAAGGUCUCCAGCAGCCCCAUGAAGGUGGUGGAAGGCACCGACAUGAUGAAGGCAGCCAUGUACUCGGUGGAGAUCACGGUGGAGAAGGACAGAGUGACUGGGGAGACCAAGGUCCUGUCCAGCACCACCAUGCUCCCCCAGAACCACUGUCUGCAGGGGGUCAAGGUGUACGAGGAUGAGCUGAAAGUGGUGCACGCAGUGAGCGCCGAGGACGGGGUCCUGCAGAACGGGGCCCACCCCCUCAGCUCCUCCGAGGUCGACGAGCUCCUGCACAAGGCAGACGAGGCCACUCUGAGCGAAGCCGCCGGGCGCGAUGCUGCGGCCAAGGUGGGCGAGGAGGCUGGCAGUGCCCUGGCCAGCCAGAAGCCGACACCGCGGCGGGAGAUCACGGGGCUGCAGGCCAAGCCACGGGAAAGCACCACGGUGCUGGCGCCGGGCGAGGGGAUGGAGCCGAGCCGGGAGCAGCCUGUCACCAUGAUCUUCAUGGGUUACCAGAACGUGGAGGAUGAGGACGAGACCAAGAAGGUGCUGGGGCUGGAGGGCACCAUCAAGGCCGAGCUGGUGGUGAUCGAGGACGCCGAGAGCAAGCCGGAGCCGGUGAGCAAGGACCAUGCGCCGCCCAACGGCACCGCGCUGGAGCCGGCGGCCGCCCAGCCACCAGGUGAGGAGAGCCUGGGCGGGCAGAAGCCAGACGCCAACGCCACAGACGCCAAGGAGGCCGAGCAGGAGACAGACGUGAAGAAGCAGCGCUGCAAGUGCUGCACGGUGAUGUGAGCCCCGCUGGCCCUGCGCCGCUGCCAGAGCAGGCUGCCCCCACCGAGCCCCCUCCGCCCCGGCCCCCGCUAGCCAGGCCCACCGCCCCGGCACGCUGGGCUCCCUCCCCCACCGGACACGGACCCUCUUUCAGCAGAGCCGGGGAGAUCCAACAUGGCGCCUGCGAAGCCACAGCAGGCAGCAGUGAACCGUGGCCGCGGCACCGCUCGCCCUGUCUGCCCAACGCCCACCCCGCGCCGCACCCCACCAGCGCUGCCUGUGAUAUUUAUUAGAGACCCCACCCCACCCCACGGCGCACCUGCCCCCACCCAUGGCACGGCCUCACCCCGCGCCGGCACCAUCCCACCACCAAUGCUGGAGCCUUUCCCUCCUCUCACCGGCAACUUCCCACCCGCCAUUGGAGGACGGAGCCGGCCGGGCUGGGGAUCGGAGGACGCCGCCGUGUCCGUAGAUGACUCCUGGGGAGCCGGCGGUCAGCAGGACUCACGCUUGGCCCAGCCCGCGGCAGGCACAGAGCCAGCCCCAUGCCAGCCCUCUCUCCGCGCCUCCAUCAUCCGCUUCUUCUGCGGGGAAAGGCCCUGGGCUGUCCCCCCGCCAGCUGCCCGCGGAUGCUCCCGCUCCAUCCCGCAUCCUUGCCCCCAUGGCCCCGGGCUCCCCGAGCUCUGAGCCCCUCUGGGACAAAGCACGUCCAGGCGAGGGAAGGGCAUCGAGGCAGCGGCCCCUCCACGAUGCCGAGUCGCAGUUGGGAGGUCGCAGGGGCCAUGGGCCACGCAUGGCUCUGCGGGGUCGGCCCCUGACCCUGCUCUGCCCCCUGGGACUCAGCUGCCCAUGCAGGAGCUCCUCGCCCCGGCGCUCAGCAUCUCGGCGGCCCGACCGGCGUUGCUGGGGUCCACCUGCCUGGGGAGCCGAGCGGGGCUGCGGCGGGUGCCCGUGUCCUCCUGGGGUGAUGUGGGUGGCGACGGCAGUGAGGGAGGGAGGGGAGCGGAGGGGCACAGCCCCUGGAGAUGGGGCAGGAGCUCCAGCACCGCAUCCGCCUCCUGUCCCAGCUCCCCGCAGGCUGGAGCUGCCUGGCAGAGCUGCUUUCUGAGGUGGGGGGCUGCAGCAUCAGCUCCCCUGGGCAAGCAGGGCAGCCCAGUUCACCCCAGACAGCGGGACUGGGAGCUGCCAGGGGUCCAGUGUCCCAUGGAGGGUGUCCCCGGGACACUGUGUCCAUGCCGGGACUGUGAGCAGCCUUCCCCGCUCCCCCCACCCCCCCGUGCCCCAGCCCUUCAGCGGGGAUUUCACCACCAGCACCAGCGUUUCCUCCCCACUGAGACCUGCUGGGGCAGGCAGGGAGGGCGGGGGGCCCACGGGGGCACCCAUGGGUGCCAAGCCCUGCCCAAACCCUGGGUGCUUCUGCCACAGCAGCCGACACGUCUCACAGGCGUUGGGCGCUGCCGCUGAGCCCACCCCGCGGGUCCGGCGGGCCAGGGGCUGCUGCCGGGGGGUCCCAUCUCCUGCCAGCACUGUCCCAAACACGCCAGGGCUUGGAGCCCCGUGUGCCCAUGCCAGGCCGGGGUUGCUUCUGGUGCCUGGUGCCCCACACCAGCGGCCCCUCAGCCGGCUGUGGCCGAGCUGGCAGUGCCCGGUCCCCGCGGCCCGGAGGCAGAGGAGCUCUGGGCAGGGUGCAACCGGCCGGCACGGCGCAGGGGUCCUGGGCCAAGUGCGAGCGGGUCCCGGCUGCCCAGGGUGGCUGGGUGAGUUGCCAGGGCUUCUCUGAGCCCCCAGCGAUGCAGGCCCAGAGCAGCCUUCACGCUGCCCAGCCCACCGGGACGUGGGUGGCAGAGCAGCUGGGGAUGGGGCUCAGCCCCCCAAGGCCUUCCUUCCCCCCAGCCCCCUUGUGUGAGCAGUGACCCCCCCCCAUGACAUCCCAGUUGCCCCCCAGUUCCCCCCCAGGCUGCAGUUUUCCCCCCAAUGGAGUCUGCAGGGAUAGGGGAGGGGGGCAGGGGCUGAGGUUGGGGGCUGCGGCGGGGCUCAUGGGGCUGCCGUGCCAGUUGGCCCAUGGGAGCCUGGCCCCGGAGCCCCGGCCGGGCACUGAAAGCCUCUGGGAGAGGCAGAGCUGGGGAAGCGGGGUGGGAUUGGCUCCCCCAGGGGGGCAGGGGGACCCUCUCCUCCAGACGGACCCCCGUCACUGCAGUGCCGCAGAGCGGGGUGCAGGGGCUGGAUGCUGCGGGGCAUCUGCCCCAUCGAUCCUGGGGGGCUGGAUUAGGGCUGGGUCCCCAGCAGAGAUGCCCGUCACCUCCCACCACCCCCUUGCUGGGGGCCAGCACCACUCACCCCAUCCCACCCCGGAUCCCACAAUCCCCCUCCAACCCACCCUCGGCACCCCCUGCCCUUCGGUUGGCUUCGGACCCAGCGCCGGCCUCUAGCCCCUGCGGUGGCAGGCAGCAGGAUCAGGCCCCCCGGGCCGGGGCUGGCAGGGGCCGAGCAGCAGCAGGAGGAGCCCGGCCGCGUCCCCCAGCCCCAGCCCCGCCACCCCCCUGGCUCCGCUGAAGUGCACUUCCCGCGCCCCCGUGCUUUUCACUUGUGCCGAAACCGUUUGAAGUUUUCCCCCUCCCCGGCCCUCCCCGUUGUUUGUAAGACACCCGAACCGAGCAAAUAAACUGUGUGA